ACCAGUCAUCGCCCACACCUUGGUCUUCGUUACCGGGGAUUCCCCAGGCAGGGGUGCAAUGCUCUUCAGAGAUAAACACUUUGUUUACAGAAACCAUAAAAUGAGCUGCUCUCGACCUCAACCCCAUCCUCCUCCUCACUUUUUUAUCUCUGAACUUGACUGCAUAAAUACCCUCCUUCUCCCCCACCUCUGUAACAGUACACACACCUUUUUCUGUCCAAGAAAAAAGACCACGUCCCCUUCCAACACAUAAGAAACCCUGCCACUACACCUCCCUUCUCCCGAAACGCAUACCCUACCUCUCACUCUCCUCUACAUCCUACCAUCUACAUACCAUAUACAACCAUGAAGAUCAACACCAUCCUCUCCUUCUCUGCCAUCUUCUUGGCCUCCGUCGCCACUGCCGCCAUGCCCGACGAUCCCAACAAGAUCGACACCUGCACCAUGCCUGGUGUUGUUGCAUUGACCUUUGAUGAUGGUCCUGGCUCGUACAACGACGCCCUCUUGGCUAUCUUGGCCAAGAAGAACGUCAAGGCCACAUUCUUUGUCCUCGGCAGCAUGAUUGCCCAGGACGCUGGCCAGGCUGGCGCUCUCAAGAAGGUUCUCGCUGCUGGCCAUCAGUUGGCAUCGCACACAUACAGCCAUAGCAACAUGGACCUCAUGACUGUGGACCAGAUGAAGAAGGAGAUUACCGACACCGCCGAGAUCAUGUUCCUGAACUCGGGCGUCCGCCCUGCGUACAUGCGUGCGCCUGAGGGCCGCUGCGCUGGGCUGUGCACCAAGACGAUGACCGAGAUGGGCUUGGUCAUCUCUCACUGGAACGUCGACACCAACGACUGGCGCUUCAAGGCCCUGUCUGCCCAGGAGGCCACUGAUAAGUCCAUGGUCGAGCUCAACAAGGUCAUCAUCCAGGAUUCCAAUCCUGCUACCGAUUCCUUCAUCCUUCUCCAGCAUGAGAUCCACAAGUUCUCGGUUGAUCUCUUGGCCGACCGUGUCAUUGACGCUAUCCUCGCCAAGGGCUACAGGUUCGUCACCAUGGAGGAGUGCGUUGGCAAGCCCGCCUACCUCGGCGGAUCCACCGUUCCCCCGACCACUGUGCCCGUUGUUCCCUCCGCCAGCACCGCCCCUGGCGCUGUUGUCCCCACCUCUGCUCCUGGCGGCGCUACCACUAGCCCUGCUGCCCCCGCUAGCACCGCUACCACUGCCAGCGGUUCUGGCCCUGCGACUUCUAGCCCCACCAUCACCUCGAACAAGAACAUCGACAGCGCUGCUGGAAUUGUCAAGGCUGGUGCUUGGGCCAUGGGCUUGGUUGCUGUUGUCGGCUACGCCAUGUUCUAAAGUUAGGGCUGCUCAUUGACCCCCCUUCUUUCGCCCAGCUCAAUGUGACCAUUUUGUUGAGGGGGGCCGUAUGUCCAUCCUCGCCUCCCGCUCCGGGGCCAUAUGCACAAUGUCUCUUACUAUAGACUAGACGCACAAUCUACUACCACUUAAUUUAUCGCAUAAACACCCUGGUUGACGUUGUAAAA